AUUUCGCGAAGCCCGUCUUAUCACCAGCCGGUGACUGGGCAAAGUCUGGGCGGUUGGGCGAUGCCGAAAGCAAGACUACAGUUUAGAGCUUAGUACCCGUCUUUGCAGGGCUUCGGCUGGCCAAGCUCCAUGGGAAAUGGGUAUUUCGGCGCAUGCGACAACAUCGAUUGAGUGCUUCGGUACUUGGCAGCGUUGCUGAUCACGCUUUGCAUUGACGAUUCCAACCAUUCACACGGGUGAUACCCCUAGCUCUUUCUUAUCUGGACGACAUGCUGUGCCAUGACACCACGCCGCAGGGCGAUGCGGAAGCGCACAUGCGCACACAGGCUUACAUACGCGGAGUGACAGGCCGUGAAAAAGUCAUACAUGGUCUUUACAUGGAAGACACUGGUAUCGACGACGAAGGAAGAGGUCGGUCCGUCCAUUUUGUCGAGAAAAGGCAUGUGUCAUCACUUCCAUCACCGCCGAAGACUGCUGCCGCUCCGCCAUGGCGCCCAGCCUUCCGUCCCGCUGGGCGUUUUCUCGCCUCGGCUGCUCCCCACACCAUGAAACAGACUUCGUUUGCAUGCGAUGUAACUCCACCAAACCCGAACAGGCAGCUCAACGACGCGGCAGCAUAUUUCCGUAGAGCUUUACAUGAGCACACCAAUCAAGUAUCGCGUUAUGCUUCCCACCUUAACCUAGCGCAGACGCCCCAUCGCUUUCUCGAAGACAUGGCACCAGCAUUGGCAUAACCAUACCCAUACGCUUAUCUCCUAGGCUAGAUGAAAACGUGACGAAAGAAGACAAGAGCACCGAAGAAACCCAUAUGCUGGUUGGCGCAA